GACGGAACUAUUAAAGAGACGCAACAGUUACCUAAGGCCUAGCAAAACGGAACACACAACAAAACGGGGUUUUCUGUAGCAUGGUGUCCCAAAGACAGGAUCGGGUGUGGAGGUACGUGGAAGAAGGGAGUCUUCUGAAAUUGAAAUCGUACCUGCGGAAACACUGCGACCUGGAUGUGAACUUCUCCCGGGGAAGGAAGCAGAGAAGCCCGCUACACCUGGCCUGCUCCCUGGGAGACGACGCUGUUCUGCGGCUGCUGCUUAAACACAGAGCCGAUGUUCUUCAGAGAGACCGGAGAGGAGACACGGCGCUUCACAUCGCAGCCAACAGGGCCCUGAAACACGGGAAAACCGUUUAUGAUGACCUGGUUGUGCCUCUCAAAAAGUCAUGUCCUGAAGCUUUAAAUGCUCCAAACAGAGCUGGAGUCACACCUCAAGACCUGCUGAACUGGCUGAAACAUACAAAG